AUGGCGACGCUGCAGGACCUCGGGGUGUCGGCCUUCAUCAACAUCCUGGGGGCCUUCGUCUUCCUGCUGCUCUUCGCCGUGCUCCGCAUCCAGCCCAUCAACGACCGCGUCUACUUCCCCAAGCUCUACAUCGCCGGCAAGCGCGCCGCCGACCACCGCGGCGCCCGCAGGGCCAUCAACCUCAACCUCUGCACCUACUUCAAGUUCCUCAGCUGGGUCCCCGGCGCGCUCCGCAUGACCCAGACCGAGCUCAUACACCACGCCGGCCUCGACUCCGCCGUCUACCUCCGAAUCUACACCCUCGGCCUCAAGAUUUUUCUGCCCGUCAUGGUUGUCGCCUUGCUGGUUCUCAUUCCGGUCAAUGUCUCUGGAGGGACCCUACUGAACCUGAGAAAAGAUGUUAUGUUCAGUGAUAUUGAUAAGCUGUCCAUAUCAAAUGUUAGCCCGGGCUCCAACAGGUUCUUUAUUCAUCUUCUAAUGGCGUAUGUGUUCACAUUUUGGACGUGCUUUAUGCUGUACAAAGAGUACAGUAAUGUGGCCUUCAUGAGAUUGCAUUUCUUAGCUUCUCAGAAACGUUGUGCUGAUCAGUUCACUGUGAUUGUCAGAAACAUACCUCGUGUGUCAAGCCAUUCGACGUCUGAGACAGUUGACGAGUUCUUCCGCAGGAACCAUCCAGACCACUAUCUUGGUCAGCAGGCUGUUUACAAUGCAAACCGGUAUGCUAAACUUGUAAAGCAAAAGGAGAGACUUCAAAACUGGCUGGAUUACUACCAGCUAAAGUUUGAAAGGCAUCCUGAGAAAAGACCAACUGGAAGGACAGGAUGCUUUGGUUUCUGUGGUAGACAAGUGGAUCAAAUCGACUACUACCGGGCUAGAAUUAGCGAACUUGAUAAGAGGAUUGCAUCAGAGCGUCAAAGAGUUUUGAAUGAUCCAAAAGCCAUUAUGCCAGUUUCUUUUGUGACAUUUGACUCAAGAUGGGGUGCUGUUGUAUGUGCACAGACACAACAGUCAAAGAAUCCCACACAAUGGCUGACUAACUGGGCUCCUGAACCACGUGACGUUUACUGGCAGAAUCUUGCUAUUCCAUUUUUCUCUCUGAGCAUACGCAAGUUUCUCAUAUCAAUCGCGGUCUUUGCUUUGGUGUUCUUCUACAUGAUACCUAUUGCAUUUGUGCAAUCACUUGCCAAUCUCGAGGGUAUUGAAAGAGUCGCGCCUUUCUUGAGGCCAGUAAUAGAAGUAAAGGUGGUGAAGUCCUUCCUACAGGGUUUCCUACCCGGUCUGGCUUUGAAGCUCUUUCUCUAUAUCCUCCCUACGGUUCUUAUGAUCAUGUCAAAAGUUGAAGGCUAUGUCUCUUUGUCAUCUCUGGAAAGAAGAACUGCUUCGAAAUAUUACUACUUCAUGCUGGUGAAUGUAUUUCUUGGAAGCAUAAUUGCUGGCACAGCUUUUGAGCAGCUAGAUUCUUUUUUUCACGAUCCUCCUUCACAAAUACCAAGGACCAUUGGAGUGGCCGUACCAAUGAAAGCAACAUUCUUCAUGACAUACAUAAUGGUCGAUGGCUGGGCCGGCAUCGCCAACGAGAUUCUUCGGGUGAAGCCACUGGUCAUCUACCAUCUGAAGAACAUGUUCAUCGUGAAAACCGAGCGGGACAGGGAGAGGGCGAUGGACCCACGCAGCAUCUCUCUUGGAGAAAACCUUCCAUCCCUGCAGUUGUACUUCCUCCUUGGGCUCGUGUACGCGGUGGUCACCCCCAUUCUCCUCCCUUUCAUAAUCGUCUUCUUCGCCUUCGCUUACCUUGUCUACAGGCAUCAGAUCAUCAAUGUGUACAAUCAGGAGUACGAAAGCGCGGCGGCGUUCUGGCCUCAGGUCCAUUCGCGCAUCAUAGCGAGCCUGCUCAUCUCUCAUGUGACCCUCUUUGGGCUGAUGAGCACGAUGAAAGCCGCCUACUCCACUCCGCUGCUCAUCUUCCUGCCGUUGCUGACAAUAUGGUUCCACAAGUACUGCAAGAGUCGGUUCGAACCCGCGUUCCGCAAGUACCCUCUAGAGGAAGCGAUGGAGAAGGACAGGAUGGAGCACGCGUCGGAGCCGAGCCUGAACCUCAAGACCUACCUGGCAAAUGCAUACCUGCACCCCAUCUUCCAAAUGUUUGAGCAGGAGGAUCAGAAAGAGGAGGCCACCAUAGAGGUGAGAAUCGACAAAUCGGAGCAUCAGCAGCAGCAGCAGCAGCAGCAUGUGAGAAGCUCACACUCACAGUAUGAGGAGGAGACGAGCGCACAGACGCAUUGCCACCACGAGGAGAGGACCAGCAGCCAGUACCAGUACCAGUACCAGCACCAGUAUGAGUACCAGCACGAGGAAACUCACAUGAGGAGUGAGCAGUCGCCGCCACACUUUGUCUACCACCCUGGAGUCGAGCAUUGA